GAAACUGGUUUAGGGGGAAAUCGGCGUCGAAAUCGAUAGAUCCGCCGCCGCGGAAAUAGACAGAAAUAUCGUAUAUCAAGUAAAACUCGAGUAACUUCUUUUAAAAAGUUUCGAACCCGUCGGUCAUCAGCCAAGCAAUGCAUUUCGCCAUUCGAAGCUAUGCGAUGGCAUUCCCGACAUUUUAAAUUCAUAGAGUAUGUCGAUGUCGCGUGGUUCUCCAUGUUCUUCAAGGUGUACCCCUUCGGGUACCCCGAAAAGGCGACCGCACAGUUGGCACAGUUCCGGUGGUUCCCCGGGCCAGAAAAACCGAAGAAGGCAGAUAGCUCAACAAGUCAUGGACGGCCAGCGAGCUCUCGAACUGAUGCCCCUCCUCCAGGAACGGCUCGUCGUUUUGACAGGAGGUCGCGAUAGACGUGGCGGUCCGGUCCUGUCCUUUCCGGCCAGCCCGCGACGCGAACGGGCGAAACCCGAGGACUACCGCAGGCUCCUUCAGUACCUCAUGUCCAUACCUAACGACGAAGCUCGUACUCUGGGCUUCACGGUUCUGGUGGACAUGCGCGGAGCGACCUGGUCGACUGUGAAACCCAUCCUCAAGGCCUUACACGAGCAUUUCCCUCAGGGAGCCGUGCACCAAGCGCUCAUCGUCAAACCCGAUAAUUUUUGGCAGAAACAGCGGACCUCUCUGGGAUCACACAAGUACAAAUUUGAGACAAAUAUGAUAAGUAUAGAAGCAUUACCCAAAAUCAUAGACACCAGUCAGUUGACGUCCGACCUCGAAGGUACCCUCUCCUACGACCAUUCCAACUGGCUGGAGACGAGGUUAGCUGUGGAAGAGUUCUCGUGGCAAGCGGCCGACCUUCUAGAUCGUCUCGACGACCUCCAGGAAGACCUAGCGCGGAACGAUUUCGCCGACGACGUCACCGGUGCCAAACACAAAAUCGACCUCCACAAUGAGAUGAAGAAGAAAAUCAUGAAAGCCCCCGUCGAAGACAUCGACGUUCUGGGUCAGCGACUCCUCCAAACCGCCUGCGGUCACCACCACGACACGGGUCAGGGAGGCGGGGGCGGGGGCGGUAGGGAGGGCGAGUCGCCGGACGGCCUUGGACCGGACGCGCAGGACAUAAAAAAUUUGGUCCUGCAAAACCUCGAAGCGGUCCAUUCUAGUCAACAACACCUGCUGCAGCUGUGGCACCACAAGAAGGUGAAGCUCGAUCAGUGUUUCCAGUUGAGACUGUUCGAGCAGGACUGCGAGAAGAUGUUCGACUGGAUCUGUCACAAUCGCGACGUAUUCCUGCUGAAUUACGUCGAGAUUGGCCACACGUACCAACUGGCGAAGCAGCUGCAAGAGGAGCACCAACACUUCACCAUGUCCUCCAUGAACGUUUACGUCAACAUUAACAGGAUUUUGAGCGUGGCCAGUCGACUGAUUGAAGGCGGGCAUUACGCCGCGUCUCAUAUCCGAUCGGUCGCGUCAAGGCUGGAUCGGACUUGGAAAGACUUCGCCGCUGGAUUGGAUGAAAGAACGGCAGUGUUGGCUUUGUCGGUUAUUUUCCACCACAAAGCCGAGCAGUACGUCGAAAACGUGCCAUCGUGGAAAAGCGCCAGCGAUAACCUCAACUUGCCGUCGGAAAUUUUGAUGUUGGAGAACUCGAUUCACCAACACCAGAAUUUAUAUGAAUCCAUGUGUCAGGCGUACACAGAGGUGCAUAGCACGAGUAAGAAACUACUGUAUCAGUUGGACCAUUUGGUGCAAGUCUGUAAUCAACCGGGGACUGAUAAAAACCAUGGCGACGGUACGAAUUUCGAAAAUAGACCUGGCGGGAAUCCAGCGGCGGAUUACAGCGAAGGCGCCAGCCACGUGCUCGCCGUGAUCCAUCAAAUUUUGAAUCACCACAGAGCGUUGGAGCAAAAAUGGCACGCGAAGAAAAUCAAGCUCCACCAGAGGCUGGCCCUGAGGUUGUUCCAGGAAGAUGUUAAGCAGGUUUUGGAUUGGUUAUCGAACCACGGAGAGGUCUUUAUCAGGAAGAACACUGGAAUAGGACGGAAUUUGCAAAAAGCGAGGGUUUAUCAGAAGAGCCACGAGCAUUUUGAAAACGUCGCCCAGAAUACGUACACCAACGCCGACAAGUUACUGGCCGCUGCCGAAGAACUAGCCCACACGGGCGAGUGCGACCCUGACGAGAUCUACUCAGUGGCGCGCGAGCUAGAGGCCCACGUCGCCUCGUUCGCGGCCAGAGUCGAGCAGCGUCGGCGGCGGCUCGACCUGGCCGUCCUGUUUUACACGAGGGAAAAGGAGCUGGCCAGUUGGGCGGACGAGCUGAGGCAAGAGUUGCAGCAGGAGGAGAACGCGGCGGAAACGUUGGAAAGCGUCGAGAGGUUGUUGGAGCAAACCGAUCAGCACAGAGUUCAGAGCCUCGAAGCGUGCGCGUCUACUAUAGCUCAAGGAGAAGCUCUACUUCAAGAACUAAGGUCGAUAGGUGACAUGGAUUCCACUGGCUCAGUAUCGGCAGUCGAGUCUGCCUUGGACCGGCUCGCGAAACAAAGAAACGACCUCGAAGAGUUAUGGGCUGCGCGCAAGUUGCGUCUGGACCUCUGCCUACGACUGCGUCUGUUCGAAAGGGACGCUCUCGAGGUGUCCUCCCAGUUGGAGAUGUGGUCCGAAGAACUGCAACACAGCGAGUUGACGCGGGACAUCGGGAAGGCCGAGCAGUUUUUGCGGUUGCACAACGAAAGCGUGAGCCAGAUGCAGAACACCACCUACCAAGUGCUGCAGCAAGGUCAAGAACUCGUCCAAGUGUUCGAGAAUUCUGGACUUUGCAUCAUGGCCGAUGCUCAAUACAACGCUCAAACCAGAGUCCAGGUAUUGUUAGAGUUCCUACAUGAUCGCGAGGUGGACCUUGAAGAUUUGGCCGAGGUCAAGCGGGUUAAGCUCGAGCAGUGCAUUCAACUGGGUCAGUUCCAGAACGACGCCAACCAAGUUAUCAGUUGGAUCCGUAACGGCGAGUCUAUGCUGAAAGCCAGUUUCACGAUCCCGAAUAGUUUGGGUGACGCCGAGUUGCUCAAAAAGGAGCACGAACAGUUCCAAGUAGCUAUAGAGAAGACUCACACCUCCGCCGUUCAGGUCAAAUACAGGGCGGACGCUUUGAUCAACGCGAACCACUACGACCCUCAGAGUAUAAGGGAUAUAUCAGAAGAAGUCACCAAAAGGUGGCAGCAGUUGGUCACCUGCGCCGAGGAGCGUCACAAAUUGGUCACUGCCAGUUUGAAUUUCUACAAGACCGCCGAGCAAGUGUGCUCGGUGCUCGACAGUUUGGAACGUGAGUAUCGACGAGAUGAGGAUUGGUGCUCCACCGGUCAGUCGAACGUAGACAAAGCCACGUCGAUCUCGCAGCUGAUUAACAAGCACCAGGAGCAGAAAGAAGCGUUCCUGAAAGCUUGCACGUUGGCAAGAAGAACGGCGGAGACGUUCCUCAAGUACACCACCAGGAGUUUACAGUUUUACAAUUGCCCCAACACCGGCGGGAGUCACGAAGGUCGCGUGAAGGGAAUCCUGGAGAAGCUGUUGAACCAAGAGAACAAGGUGUUGGAGCAUUGGACUCAGCGCAAGAAGAGGCUCGACCAGUGCCAGCAGUUCGUGCUUUUCGAGCGAUCGGCGAAGCAGGCGAUCGAAUGGAUUCACGACACGGGAGAGUGUUAUUUGACAACCCACGCCACUAAUUUGGGCAACAAUAUCGAAGAGACCGAGAGUUUAUUAAGGGAACACAACGAGUUUAAGGGUACGGCGAAGGAGACGCGGGAACGGGUGAAACUGUUGAUUCAACUAGCGGAUAGCUUGGUGGAGAAAGGUCACGCUCACGCCAGCGCCAUCAAACAAUGGGUGGCAGCUGUUGAUAAUAGGUACAAGGACUUUAGUUCGCGUAUGGAGCAGUACAGGCAGCAGUUGGAGGAAACGUUAGGCAUUCAAGAAGAGGAGAGCGAGAAGAAGGAGCUCUCGAUCGAUAGGAAUUCCGAUCCUAGCUUGGAGGCGAAGGUCAAGGAAGCCGCAGCGAAGGAUUUAAAGGAACUGAACGAGGAGAAACGUCGGUCUGCCAGACGAAAGGAAUUCAUAAUGGCGGAGCUGCUACAGACCGAACGAACUUACGUGAAAGACCUGGACACGUGCAUCAAGUGCUUUCUGAACGAAACCAGAAGCAACAACGGCGUCCCCGCCGCCCUGCAAGGAAAGGAAGACAUUAUCUUCGGUAACAUGGAAGAAAUCUACACGUUCCACAAUUCGGUAUUCCUCAAGGAACUGGAGAAGUAUGAAACGAUGCCCGAAGACGUAGGCCAUUGCUUUGUGACGUGGGCGAUCAAGUUCGACAUGUACGUCCAUUACUGCAAGAACAAGCCAGAGUCCAACAGCUUGCUCGUUCAACACGGGGGCAUUUACUAUGAAGACCUGCAGAAGAGGCACAAAGUGGAGCACCCUAUCGCGGCGUACUUGAUAAAGCCGGUUCAGAGGAUUACCAAGUACCAGCUGCUAUUAAAAGACCUCCAAUCCUGCUGCAACGAAGGCCAGGGCGAAAUAAAAGAUGGCUUGGAGGUUAUGUUAAACGUCCCGAAGAAGGCCAACGACGCGAUGCAUCUGUCUCUGUUGGAAGGCUGUGAUAUUUCCUCGGAUAAGUUGGGGGAGGUGGUUUUGCAAGACGCGUUCCAAGUGUGGGACCCGAAACAGUUGAUCCGCAAAGGGCGGGACCGGCACAUUUUCCUGUUUGAAUUGUAUUUGCUGUUCACUAAAGAAGUCAAGGAUUCCGCGGGAAAAGUCAAAUACAUCUACAAGAACAAGCUUAUGACCUCAGAACUGGGUGUCACAGAGCACAUGGAAGGCGACGAGUGUAAGUUUGCCGUUUGGACCGGUAGAGCGCCGAUUUCGGACUACCGGAUCGUCCUCAGGGCGUCUUCUUUGGAGACCAAGCAGUUAUGGGUUAAAAAAUUGCGUGAGGUCAUUCAGGAGACAUACUUCAGCGGUGCUUUGCCACUGACCUUGCCCAAGAGUCCUGCAAAAUUAAAACCACACAGUCAGAGAUCGAGCAGGGAUAUGGAGGAGUGCAACUCCUUAGAUGAGAGCGUCGAAAAUUUGGAUAGGAACUCGCUGACUUCUUUCGGUUCGGGCAAUACGACAGACUCUGAUAAGGCGGGGGUUUUGGAGAUGACGUGGGUGAUGACUGACUUCACGGCGACGAAUCCUUCGGAGUUGAGCGUCAGCAAGGGGCAGCAAGUGGAAGUUGUCGAGGUGUGCUCCUCCAAGCCCGAUUACUGCCUCGUGAGGAUGCCUACGCGGGGCAGCGAUCAGGAGGCGGUACCAGAAGGUCUCGUGCCGCUCGUCGUUUUGAAGCAACCGCCCCCGCAUCGGGGCUCGCCCUCGAGGAGGCCGCCCCAAGCGUUGGAUCACGACCUCGAGACUACAACUCCCAACGAUACAUCGGCGGUGAACACAACUUCAUCUCCAGUGAACAAGAGACGUGGUUUUAGCGGAAGAAAAUGGCUGCCGCCGCCGUUACGUAAACUGUCGCAAGGCAAAGUGGAUAAAGGCUCGACCCCCUUGGAUACGAGGCCGCCACUCAAGAAGACUGGAUCGGAUAAAAGAAUUAAGGUACCGUCAGCGGCCGAAAUGGGCAACAACAAAUCUUCCGUGUCGGAGGGCGAAGAAGACGACGAGAGGUCGAACCAUAGCUUGAAGGGCGCGAAGUCGUUGGGGGCGGAAAUCACAAACGGCGGUGAAGACGUGGACGAGGAGUGCGAAUUGCCGCCGCCGAUGAAACCCAUUCAGGAACCUAUCCUGGUAACGUCACCGCCCCCGGGUGUGCCAGGAGUUUCAGAGAUGGAUGAUAAUCCGUGCAAGAGGGUAUCUAGCCUUACUAUAAAAUCGCUAGAGGGCGCGACAUCCGCUGAUCUGGCCGAGAUCGAACAGAUCGUUAAGGAAAGAAUGGAGCAACAUUCUGAAAACCAAGAAAGAAACUCGUUACACCGGGACACGAAGUCUUCGGAAGCGCUGUCCGAGUUCAGUUUGGAUUCCCAGAAAGAAUUGCUGGCUCAGUGCUCGUCGACGGAGGCUGCAUCUAUGGCGUUCAGCGGAGACGAAAGCGACAAGCAGGUGGAAAACGCUGACGCGAAGAAAAUAGAAAGUUUUUUGAAAAAAAGGAGGUUCGUGUUGAAGGAACUGGUGGAUACGGAAGAGGCGUACGUCAGGGAUUUAUCCUUGGUGGUUGACGGUUAUAUCGCGACGAUGAGGGAUUCCGAAUGCGAGAUCCCUAUGCCCGAAGACUUGAGAGAAGGCAAAGACAAGAUCGUGUUUGGAAAUAUCGAAGCUAUAUAUGAGUGGCACAAAAAUCAUUUCCUCAAAAAUCUCAAAUCCUCCCUAGAGAACCCGAUCGAAUUAGCGCAGCUUUUCAGAAGGUACGAACGAAAACUCCAAAUGUACGUCAUUUACUGUAAGAAUAAGCCCAUAUCCGAGUACAUAGUGGCCGAACAUUUGGACACGUAUUUCGAAGAACUCAGAGUGAAAUUAGGCCACAAGCUUCAACUGUGCGACCUGCUCAUCAAACCCGUCCAAAGAAUAAUGAAAUACCAACUCCUGCUAAAAGAUAUCCUUAAGUAUACGGAACGAGCCGGGGUGGCGGAAGAAAUCGAACCUCUUAGGGCCGCUUACAAGAUAAUGGUGGUCGUGCCCAAGAACGCCAACGAUAUGAUGGACGUCGGAAGGUUGCAAGGGUUUGAGGCUGGUAAAAUAACCGCGCAAGGAAAACUGUUGCUUCAUGGGCCGCUCGUAGUGUCGGAUUUGCCAGGGCAAACGGUUGUGGGCAAAAACAAGGAAUUGCAGGUCUUCUUGUUCGAACAGAGUAUCAUAUUUUCGGAGGUCGUCGGGAAGAAGACGCAAUUUACGAGUCCGCAAUACAUCUACAAAGCGCACAUACAGGUGAACAAGAUGACCCUCGAAACAAAAGAAGACUGCUUCGUCCUAACGUCGACCGACCCCAAGAACCACAACUGCUUAACGGAUCAGCCGGUGAAGAAUUCUGUAGGCUUUGUGUGUUCGGCGACGACUGACGAUCUGCAAGACCAGUGGCUGAUGACGAUACGAAAUAUACUCCAAACUCAACGCGAUUUCCUUAAAGCUAUCCAGAGUCCGAUCGCUUACCAGAAGGAGUUGACCAAAGAGGCGUCGUUGUCACCGGAAUUUUCCUGGGAACAGCCGCCCUUGUUUCGAGCGCCGCAGUCACCUCAACCGCAAGAGUCGUCAGGUAGACACCGGAAGGCGACGCAUUAUAUCCACAAAGCGAAUACCAUUGGUAUACCGUCGGAAAACGAUCUAAGCGACGCAUCCGACAGCAAGAUCGGCAAUCCCAAGUCGAGAAGGAACUUUUUUGACGGGUUCAGAAAUACGCUAAGGAAUAAGCACAAGAGCGACUCUGCGGUGAUAGAGUCGGCCAAGGAGAACGACAAAAACGAUUUGCAUAGGAGGUGGAGCGAGGCGAACCAACCAACGUGCGAAACCCAUAUAAUGGCGCCAGGCACUCAAGUCCGUGUCGUUCGAGAGUACCCAAACGUCAAUCUCGGAGAAGUGGUGACCAUUAUACGGUACGACGCCAACAAGGGGUAUUUGGUACUCGUCAAUUGCGCCAUGGAGGAAACCUGGCUUCCUCCUCACGUAAUAUCAAACCAUGGUCGUAAACCGUGGCCGUUUGCCUUCCGCAAACUAACCAGAAAACCAACCGACGACAACGCCCUCUACGAAAAUCCAAUCGAGGAAUGUCUACCGGAAAUAACAGACCGCCUAAAGGAUGUGACGGUCCAAGCGGGCUCCAAAGUGACCCUCAGGUGUCGGAUACGAAAUGGCGGACAAACCACGAGGCACAGUUGGAAGAAAUUGGAACCCAACCUGUGCGUCCUCCGCAACGGGAGGUUCGUCCUUAACAGCGACGAAGAAGGAAUCGCGAUACUCAGCUUAGAUAACGUCAAACCUUGCGAUUCGGGUACAUAUUCUUUCACGAUCACCAACGAGUACGGGUCCACGUCUUGCUCGGCCGUACUAACCGUGACAAACACCAUAGCACUUUUGAACGAACCGAAAGUACAGAUAAUAUCGUCCACCAGUGUCCAAUUGGACUGGGAAAGUUCAACCUACACGCAGUUUUACGUAGAGUACUGCAAAUUGGGCACAGGAGAAUGGAUAAUGGCAACGAACAACCACCCCAUUAACACUCAAUUUUAUACCAUAGAGGAUUUAAUUCCGGGCGAAACUUACAGCUUUAGAAUCGUAGCGGCGCAAAACAAGCUGGUUAGCUUGCCUAGCGCUGCCGUGACCUUGCCGGUCGCCGACACUUUAAAGUGGCAACAAGAACAGUUCAAGGGGCGCUACUUAGAGCUGGAGGAACUCGCCAGAGGUCGAUUUUCGAUAGUGCGACUGGCUAAAGACAGAGGAACUAACGUCGAAGUAGCCCUGAAGCAAAUUACCAGGCGGAAACAAUCCCACCAAGUGACCCAAGCGGAGUACGCUCUGUUGGUUAAUAUGGAACACCAGAACAUCAUCAGAGCUCUGGCGUUGUUCGAUAACGCACCCGUUCCGGGAAUGGACACUAUCGUUUUGGAACUAGUUAGGGGUUCGCUACUGUUUAAUUACAUCGGCGAAGAGGAAACGUACUCUGAGGCGACCGUGCGAAUCUACAGCAAGCAGCUGAUGUCGGCGUUAGCUUGGCUACACAAGAAGGACUUGAUGCAUCUCGAUGUAAAACCGGAGAACAUUAUGGUGGACCAAACCACGCAGCCACCAAUCCUCAAACUGGUCGACUUUGGUGACGCGGUAAACACCCAGAAGAACGUCAUUUUGCCGCCAGCCUGUCUGGAAUUUGCAUCACCGGAGCUCGUAUUGGGGCAACCGGUAGGCAAGCAUACCGAUUGCUGGGCCGUGGGGGUGUUUCUUUACGUCUUGCUGAGCGGGGUGUCGCCUUUCUUGGAUGAUUCCAUGGAAGAAACCACCGCCAAUAUAUUGAAAUGCGACUUUUGCUUUCCGGAGGAGUAUUUCCAGGACGUCUCCCACGAAGCCAAAGAGCUGAUACAAAGGUUACUGGUGCUGGUGCCCGCUCAAAGAAUGAACAUGGAAGCUUGCUUGGACUUUCCAUGGUUGUUAGAGGACAACUCGUCGAUAUUAAUCAAUUCGUCUCGGCUGAAGACUUUUAUGCAGAGAAGACAUCCGAUGAACGUUCCGACCACGCCCACUAGUCCCAUAUACUAUGGCGAGCAAAUAUUUUGAAUCAAACUUAAUGAAGUGAUUUUAGGUUAUACCUUUUAGUAUGUGAUAUCUUUCCAUUAGAUGUUAAAUUAUGCAGUUAGUGCAAUCGGUGACGAAACGUCGCGCUUUUAUGUAGACCAAAAUUAACUCGGCAUGUUUUAAGUGCCUUUAAAUAAGUAUAUACUAUAUAUAACAGACGGAGUUUUAACUCCUUAUGUACAUGUUUUUCGUUGUAAUUCGUUUUACACUUUGCUAGUGAUAUUUGUAAGUUUUGUCCGCUCUACCAUACGUGACUGUUACACUUUUGCCAAUGUAAACAACUUUAUUAAAAUAAAAACGGUA